AUGGUGGCUAUGGUUGGUGAGGCUGUGAAAAAGGAUAAUAAUCCAGAUGCUAGGAUUGCAGACUACGUCGACUUCAUUGCAGGGACAAGCACAGGAGGCCUGAUAACAGCCAUGCUUACAACACCAAAUGAUACCAGCAGUCCUACAUUUGCUGCAAAAGAUAUUGUUGAUUUCUAUCUAAAGAACUCCAAAUUCAUCUUUCCUGAUGAAGAUUCUAUAGAGGCCAACAAGAAUCUCCUCCUUGUUGCCACAUCUGCAGCAACUUACUACCUCCCUCCACACCAUUUUCAGAACAAGUCAUCAAAAGGAAGCAUUGAGGAUUUCAACCUCGUUGAUGGAGGUGUUGCAGCCAAUAAUCCAAACUUGUUUGCCAUUUGUGCGUUGAUGAGGGAGUGGUCACAAAGUAAAAGUCCUUCAUUCUUGAAAAGUACGGAACAUAGUAAGUUUCUUAUCCUUUCUGUUGGAAUUGGAUCAUCGAAUUUGAGUAACAAGUUGGAGGUUGGAGAUCCAAAUGAAUGGGGACUUCUCAAGUGGUUCAUAGGGCCAGAGGAAACCACCCCCUUAAUGGAUGUUUUUACCACUGCAAUGAAUGAUAUGGUUGACAUCUACAUCUCUGUUUUCUAUGGAACUAUGGUUGACAUCUACAUCUCUGUUUUAUAUGGAACCAGUGGGUCCAAGGAAAAUCAUCUUCGGAUUCAGACCGAUAGCUUGGAUCUUACUGAGGCCUCCACUGAUAAGUCGAGUAAAAAUAACCUUGACAAACUUGACAAGAUUGACGAUGAGCUCUUGAAGAAGCCUGUUUCACAAAUAAACUUUGAUAAUGGUUUAUAUGAACCAAUUGAAGGCCACGGCACAAAUGAAGAAGCUCUUGUCAAGUUUGCUGAAAGAUUGUCAGGAGAAAGGAAGAAGCGAGUUGCAUAG